GUUGAAGUGAAGGACAUCAUUAUCAGAAAAGAAAGGAUUAGUCCCUUCUCAAACUGGGAAAUUGGAGUUUUCCGCAGACCCGCCUUGGUUGCUGCUGUUGUUGGGCCCAGGACAAUCACUGUGAGUGUGUUGCUGUGAUGGCGAGCGACGUCCAAGAUGAGGCGAAGGCAUUGCGCCAGCGGAGAGAGGCGCACGCCAACCGGGAGAGGUAUAGCCUCAACGGCGCUCACACUGUGUUCUCGAACCCGAUGGCUCAGAGGAGCUCUGCUAUGUACGGCGGCACUCAGCGCGACCCAUGCCAGCUCUACGAGGAGAACAUGCAGAAGUGCUUUGCAUUGGCGUAUAGGAAACAUAAGCCGAUCAAGCUCUACUGUUCUAUGGAAUACAAGGACAAUGAAGAGUGCAGAUAUCAAUUUUUACAGAAACUACGAGAUGACGCUCUUCUCCAAAAGCAGCAGAAGUUGGUGAAGGAGGGAAAGUGGCCACCACCAAACCUACCAAAGCCGCUGGAUCAAGAUCGACCAAAGCUCAAGAAUUAUGCACCUGAUGGUAUACCCACAUGGUAGAUGAUACUAUUAGUCCCCAUUUGUUCACUUUAUUUAAUCAUUGACCUGGCCAGCCACGAUAGACAAUGUGCAAUCACAAUGUUUAGGUGCUGCAUUUGAUGACCUCAAUGAGUACAUGCGUGCAGCCCAGUGGUGGAUCACAGAGAUCGGUCCCGGACAGUGAAGAAAUGACCAGUGUAGUGCGAUGGUCUCAGCUGCCAUUGUCGCGUGUGCGUGCGUGUGUAUGCCACGCAUGCAUGUCCAGCUGGUCCUGGGAUGUAGUCCAUUUGAUGAUCUAGCUCUCGCUUACCCACAACUACCAUUAUUUGUACAAAUAACUUGCUACAUACCAUUCGGGCAUCUGAGGCAUUGGGUAUUAUUAUACAUUUCAUAAGUUUGCUUCCAUCGCUGCAUAAUGCUACAUUGAUACUCUGGCUGGCUGGUUCUUUGUGAAUAAUUUUGACAAUCCAAUACGGAUUCGCUAGUUUUUUUUUAAUGUACAUGUACAUGUAUAAAUAUAUGUAGUACAAAACUUCUUUGAAACA